AUGGCCGCCCCUCGCCUCGCCUCGCCUCGCCUCCCCGCCGUGUACCGCGGCGUCAUCACCGACGUGAUCGACAACAUCCGCCCCGAGUUUGACCAGCUCGGCGUCGAGGAGGCCGUCCUCCAGGAGCUGCUGCGCCUGUGGGAGCUCCGCCUCGCCCAGUCGCGUGCAGCCGACUUUACCCAGGACACCCGCAUGGCCCCCGUCGCCCGCCAGUUCCCCGUCCUCAAGCACGACGACCGGCCCGCACAGGUCGACGACAAGGCCGAGGCCAAGAAGGUCAAGGGCGCCGCCAAGCCGAAAGCAGAAGGCGCAGCAGGCGACGACGACAACGAGGACGCCAUCAACUCGGACCUCGACGACGACGACGACGAGGACGACGACGACGAUGUCGACGGCGCCGACCCCAACGCCGACCUCGUCAUUGCCCUGUACGAAAAGGUGCAGCGCGUCAAGAACAAGUGGAAGGUGACGCUCAAGGACGGCCUCGUCAGCGUCAACGGCCGCGAGUACCUCUUUGCCAAGUGCCAAGGAGAGUUCGAGUGGUGAGCCGUCGACGGUCGAGGACGAGUGCGAGGCCGGGUUCGAGUCCGAGGCGGCGAGGAGGAGGAGGACGACGAGGGGCGAGCCGCGCUUUUUUGCCCAUGUAGCACCACCUUCGCGUCUCUGUGCAGUACUGUUACGACCUUGCAACACGGCGUGCCCGUUCCCUGU